AUGAUUUUACGGCCAACACCAAGGAAUCACGGCAUUUGUCCUCUUACGCUAGCACGGAAACUAGCCCUUCUUCGUAUAGAUCAGCAAAACAUACGCCAUGGAGUCACUAGAUCUUACUACUAUGUUGUGAAUGACUUCCGCAAUGCAAUAAUUGAACGAAAAAGCCACGAAGAAGCUGUGGAUAUUAUCAUUCACUAUGCGGAUCAGCUGCAUCGUUGUGGAAGAUUAGAAGAGGUGAAGCGGCUCUACCGGAAAGCUGCCGAAGAUCUAGGACAGAAUUUUGGCCGCCAUCAUUCCUCUACGUUUUUUGUCACCUUCGAGAGGGGAAGACUUCUGCAGCAUGUGCGCCAAUUUCAAACUGCCGAGAGAAUGUAUAAUCGGGUUCUAAGGGGCAUGAAACAUCGAAACCCUUACCAGCUGUAUUUCUCCAAUGAGCUUGGAGUGGUAUACGCAGAUCAACACGAGCUCCUAAAGGCCGAAAGAGCAUUUCAAAAGGCACUACACGGAUUUACCGAAUUAUGGGGUGCCGAUCAUUUGUGGGCAUAUACGGCAGCCAUCAACCUCAGCAAUAUCUAUCAGACUCAAGGCAAGCUGAAAGAGGCAACGAUUCUGCUCCAUCGAGGUUUAUCCUGUUUAACGAAAGAAUUUGGAGUCUCACAUGCAGUAAUCAUGGCAGCACCAAAAUUCGUCAAAUAUAUCGACAAUUCCAUGCACAUCAACAACUGGACAGCGCACGAGAAUUCUGUGAACUGGCCUUGA